AUGGGAACGGAAAUUUUGCUACCACAGGAUUGUUUGCAUGAGCGAAUCAGAGUUCCUCCGGCGAGUUUUUCCCGGCGAAGAACUUAUGGAAAUUAUGGAAAUUGUCAUAAUCAUUAUAUCAAUUAUGUUAAUGGCAAUAGUAGUACUUUUUAUGGCGCAACAAACUCCGGGAGAAUUAACCGGAGACCGGUUGUUCGACCGGAGCAAAGAAAACGUGUUGUGGUGGCGGAGAAACGACCUAGUUACGAUGAUUUGAAGGUGGCGGAGAGAAGACCUAGCUACGAUGAUUUGAAGAUGGCGAAAGGAAGUGAAUUGGUGAUGGAGAAGGUGAUGAUUCUCAGGAGAGGCGAAUCGCUUGAUUCGAAGAUGAACAGCGAGGGAUUGAAGAAGGAAGGUGACGAUUUGGUUGUCAUCGGAACACAGAGACUCGGACCCGACCCGAAUAUGGUUCCUAAACAGAUCCGGAUCGUUGAUUUCAAGACCGGUUGCGAAGUUUACGCCGGAUCCGCGUUCGCGAUGUCUCCGUCGCCGAGCGCGCUUCCGAUACCGUCUUUUCAGAGGAAGUUUGCGCCGGUAGCCGUCGACGACUCCGCUACGCGGGAUCUGAGACGACUCCUCCGUAUUGCAUGA